ACUCAGCCAGAUGUAAAAUGUUAGCGACUGUAAAAUGUAGUCUUUAUACAAUUGUAGUUGGUAUAUUAUCUAUUAGAAUAAGUGCUUACGAGACUUCAGUGCCUGUAAUGCAUGCUACAAAAAUACUUACGGACUUACCACAUACAAAUAUUUUCAAUAAACCGCCUUCAACUAUAUCUCAUGAUACAAUCAGUAAUACUCACAUUCAAUCACAAUGGUUAAGUUCAACAACAAAAACUUCAGAAAGUCUUGAUAAUGCACAGAAACCAUACAGUCCGCUUGAAAGCAGUAAAGUUAUGGAUGCACACAAUGAUUACCACAACAUUCAGGAUACUUCCACAAAUAAUUAUUCAGCUAUCUUUUCGGAAGCUAUACCAGCAGUAGAAUUACCUCCUAACGCACUCAUAACUAUUCCAAAGCAAGUAGUUCCCGUUUGGACGGAGAAUAUAACACGCGUAGGAAGAAAACGAAAUUAUAAGUAUAUACCUUUAAGUGCAGAUGUGAGUAACAACGUAAUCUUAACUGGAUUGAAAUACAAACGCAAUAACUCCUUAAAUUUUCAAUCCGCAAUUGAAUCUAAUGAAAAUCUUAAUUCGGAAUUAACUGAGCGCAGUGACAAAAUCAUAACAUCGGAUAGGAUAGAUUUUUCAGGAGAUAACUUAAGUAAACGAAUAGACUUUCACUCUCCUAGUUACAGCCUGAAAAGUGCGAGUUCGUUUCAGCCGGAAUCAUAUCGUGAAGAUAAUCCUAUUUUAAGUGAAAUACCGAUAUAUGAAAAUCCAUAUAACGAUGAUUUUUCUUCUAUGCCCUCUAAUAAAGAAACUAGAAACACACGUCAACUUAUAUUCGAAACUGACCCCAGUCAUAUUUCACAUAAUAUUGAAUUUCCUGGUAAAAGUGUAAAUACUAAACCACAUACUUUAAAUAGUGCAAAUGGUGGAGCUAAAAUUUUUUAUGAAGACGUGACAAAAUUUGGUGAUGUUAAUGGUCCCAUAACUGCAUUGCCUCAGCAUUCGAAACGAAUAAAUUUUUUUGGUGAAGCUGAAAUAUUGGGUGGUCCUCCCCGACAAUUUGUCCCUACAAAAGCAUUGAAUGAGUUUGUAGGCUUAAACAAUUUUCAAAACGUACGCAAAAGUCGAUACUUUCCAUUCAAGUCAUCCCGUAGUCCACGCGUAAUAUUCCCGACAAAUGAUAAUGCCAGCCCUACCGGCUCUGGAUCUGCCUCUGGACCAGGUACAGGAAUAGGUGUUUAUUUCAACGACAAUGUCGCAUUUAGAGACCAAAACUUUGGCUUGAAUGAAUUAGCUGCUAUACAAGAUGUGCGAAACGAAUUUAAUUUAAAGGAUUUGGAUUCAGCUACUGAAACUAGCACACCCCAUUCCGCAAAUACAUUCAAAGAAAAAGUCGACAUAACUACAGAACUACAAUGCCAACAUCGUGGUGGAACUUGUGAAUUUUUUUUGACCUGUUGGAUGAGUGGAGGCCUUUUACAAGGCACUUGCGAUGGAUUACUACGUGGAUGUUGUCAUCGAACAGCAAAGUCAAUAAAUUUGCUUACUUCGGAUUAUGUAGGUGAUACGAUCGACUUAACUGAUCUUCCAUUAAAAAACUAUGGACCAAUUAAAAAUGAUGCUAGUUGUGGUAUCUCUUUAGCCAAACAAACUGCCCAGAGAAGAAUUGUUGGUGGAGACGACGCGGGAUUUGGUUCUUUUCCUUGGCAAGCAUACAUUCGAAUUGGGUCUUCUAGAUGUGGUGGAUCAUUGGUGUCGCGACGUCAUGUGGUGACAGCUGGACAUUGUGUUGCUCGUGCGAUUUCACGACAGGUGCACGUAACUCUUGGCGACUAUGUUAUUAACUCGGCAGUUGAACCAUUACCUGCAUAUACAUUUGGAGUUCGUCGUAUAGAUGUUCAUCCGUAUUUUAAAUUUACUCCACAAGCUGACAGAUUUGAUGUCUCAGUGCUUACAUUGGAAAGACCGGUACAUUUCAUGCCGCAUAUAGCGCCGAUUUGCUUGCCUGAAAAAAACGAAGACUUUCUCGGUAAAUUUGGUUGGGCAGCAGGUUGGGGUGCUUUAAAUCCUGGUUCACGUCUACGUCCAAAAACUUUACAAGCUGUGGAUGUUCCAGUCAUAGAAAACAGAAUUUGUGAAAGAUGGCAUCGACAAAAUGGCAUCAAUGUUGUGAUAUAUCCAGAAAUGAUGUGUGCUGGAUAUCGAAACGGCGGAAAGGACUCAUGUCAGGGUGACUCUGGUGGUCCAUUAAUGAAUGAAAAAAAUGGCCGGUGGUAUUUAAUUGGUGUAGUAUCUGCUGGUUAUUCCUGUGCUUCCCGUGGACAACCCGGUAUCUACCACCGCGUACCUUUUACGGUCGAUUGGAUAUCAUAUGUUGUCGGACUAACAGCAAAUUUAUAAAUCUGUUUG